AACAGUUGACCAUCAAAAAUUUGCUAGUGCAACAAGUAGGAAUAAUUUGUGUUAAAAAAAUUUAUUAAAUUUAAAUUAAUAAAAAGAAUCAGAAGCCAAUCAAAUAAGUUUUUCUUUAUUUUAACAAAGGAAAAUUAUAUUUUUUAUAAAGAAGUCAUUUUAUAUUUCGAAAUACAAUAUUUGUCAAUAUUUUAGACAUUGACCUUGAUUAACGUAUAGAAUGGAAAAUACAAACGAAAUGGAGGCAAGUAUUGAGCAAUCUGACUAUUUAAAGAUGUUUGGAUUUGAAGCUGAUUUACAAGAAAAUAUUUUGCCACUUGAAGAAACAAUUGCUAUUAUGACAGAGAGGUUGGAAGAGUUUGAAUCUUUGCUAACAAAAAUAGCAAACGAUUCUAACAAUGUUGUCGAAAAUGAUGUUGUGCAAAUUAAGGAAUUUGGACCACAUUUUGAUGAUAUGUGCAGCAACAUUGACAAAAUGGAUAAAUUUGUCAACAUGGUGAACGAAAAACUGAAAAACUUAGAAGAGACGAUUGACAUUGCUCACGAAGAGUUAGACAUUCCUGAUUACAACAGCAUAAAAGGAAUAUUCAAGCCAUUAGUAGAAGCGGUUGCUCUAGGAAAAUCGAAAUACAUGUACAACUCUUCAAGAACAAAUCUAAACGAGAAUGGAUCUUUCAUAAAACCCGCUAUAUUAGAUUCGUCGGCACACUUUAAUAGCGAGUAAAAAUUUUUAGUAUUAAAACGUUAUGUAUAAAAUAUUGUAGGUAAUAAAGAAUUUGUUAUUUUUUAAUUCAAA